AUGCUCUGGGCCCUCUGGCCAAGGUGGCUGGCAGGCAAGGGGCUGCCCCUCCUGGAAGCUGUGCUGCUGCGGAAGAAAGAGAAGGGACCUCAGUGGAGGAACUUGCAGCGGGAAACCCACCCAUACUAUGACCUCCAGGUGAAGGUGCUAAGGGCCAGAAAUAUCCAGAAUGCAGACCAAUUGUCCAAAGCUGACUGCUAUGUGCAACUGCGGCUGCCCACGGCAUCCCCUAUCCCUGCACAGACAAAGAUGGUGGCUAACUGCAGUGAUCCUGAGUGGAAUGAGACUUUUCACUACCAGAUCCAUGGUGCUGUGAAGAAUAUCCUAGAGCUCAUUCUCUAUGACAAGGAUGUCCUGGGCAGCGACCAGCUCUCCCUGCUCCUGUUUGACCUGAGGCAUCUCAAGCCUGGCCAACCCCACAGACACAUCUUUCCACUCAACCAGCAGGAUACACAAGAGCUGCAGGUGGAAUUUUUUCUGGAGAAAAGCCAAGUGCCUGCAUCUGAAGUCAUCACCAAUGGAGUCCUGGUGGCUCAUCCCUGUUUGAGAAUCCAGGGCACCCUCAAGGGAGAUGGGACAGCCCCAUAUCCAGAGUAUGCCUCUAGGCAAAUCAAGCUGGCAGUGCCUGGGGCCUAUGAGAAGCCACAGCUCUUGCCCCUACAGCUUCCCAUGGAACCAGGCCUCCCACCCACUUUUAUCUUCCACAUAAAUCCAGUGCUGAGCUCCAGGCUGAAUGUGGAGCUAGAGGAGAAGCUCACAGUUGCACAGAGUGGGCCAAUUGCUGAGCUGGAGGUACAAACCAUACAACAGGGCAAGGGGGGUAUCCUGCUCUCCACUCUGCCCCUAGGCCAGGAGGAACAGCGCCUUGUGGUCCUGGAGGAGGGCCAGGAGAUGACUCUGAGUGUGAAGGCAGAAAUGAGCUCUGGGGACUUGGACCUGCGCCUUGGCUUUGACCUCUGUGAUGGGGAGCAGGAGUUUCUGGACAAGAGGAAGCAGGUUGUAUCCCAGGCCCUGCAGCAAGUGCUGGGACUGAGCCAGGCUCCACCUUGUGACCAGGUGCCUGUGGUAGCUGUAUUGGGUUCUGGGGGUGGAACCCGAGCCAUGACUUCCCUAUAUGGCAGCCUGGCGGGGCUGCAGGAGCUCGGUCUCCUGGAUGCUGUGACCUACCUGUGUGGGGUAUCUGGGUCCACCUGGUGUAUCUCCACACUCUACAAGGACCCAGACUGGUCCCAUGUGGCCUUGCAGGACUGCCUUGAACAUGUCCAAGCACGGGUCUGCAGCAGUAAAAUAGGGGCGAUAUCCACAGAGCAGCUACAGUACUACACUCAGGAAGUGGAGGUCCGGGAGAGCCUCGGCCAUAGUGUGUCGCUUGUUGACCUCUGGGGCCUCCUCAUUGAAUAUUUUCUGAACCAGGAGAAAAACCCUGCCAAGCUGUCUGACCAGCAAGCGGCCAUCAACCAGGGUCAGAACCCUUACCCCAUUUAUGCCAGUAUCAAUGUUCACACCAACAUCAGUGGAGAAGACUUUGCAGAGUGGUGUGAGUUCACCCCCCAUGAGGUCGGCUUCCCCAAAUAUGGGGCUUAUAUUCCUACUGAGCUCUUUGGCUCGGAAUUCUUCAUGGGACGAUUGUUGCACCUCCUGCCUGAGCCACGCAUCUGCUACCUGCAGGGUAUGUGGGGCAGUGCCUUUGCAGCCAGCCUGGAUGAGAUCUUCCUGAAGAUUGCAGGCUUGGGCCUGGGAUUCCUGGACUGGCACAGAGACCGUGUAAACAUCACAGAUGACUGUCAGGAGUUCCAGCUGCAUGACCCUAUGUGUCUACGUACCAGGCUCUUCACCCCACAGGGGCCCCUUUCCCAGGCCCUGCUGGACAUAUUCACUUCCCGCUUUACUUCUGCCCAGAACUUUAACUUCACCCGGGGCCUCUGCAUGCACAAGGACUAUGUGGCCUGCAGAGAGUUCAUGGCUUGGAAAGGUGGGUUCUACACACACCGGGAUGCUUUCCCCAACCAACUUACACCCAUGCAAGACUGCCUAUCCCUGGUGGAUGGAGGUUUUGCUAUCAACUCUCCAUUCCCACUGAUUCUGCAGCCCCAGCGGGCAGUGGACCUCAUUCUGUCCUUUGACUACUCCUUGGAGGCCCCUUUUGAGGUCUUACAGAUGACAGAGAAAUACUGCCUGGACCGAGGGAUUCCUUUCCCCAGGAUUGAGGUGGGCCCUGAGGACUUGGAAAGGCCCCGUGAGUGCUAUCUGUUUGCCAAGGCCAAGGACCCCAGUUCACCCAUCGUGCUACAUUUCCCCCUGGUCAACCAUACUUUUCGUACACACCUGGCCCCAGGUGUUGAGCAGCAAACCUCUGGGGAGAAAGCCUUUGGGGACUUUGACAUCAAUGGGCCAGAUACCCCCUAUGGCAUGAUGAACUUCACCUAUGAACCCAGGGAAUUUGAUCGCCUGGUGGCCCUGUGUCGAUACAAUGUUUUGAACAAUGUGGACAUUGUGAAGCAUGCUCUCAAGCUGGCCCUGGAUCGGUGGCAGGCUGGGGAGAGGGGUGGGGGCUGA